CUGUGCCCGUUAAACUAAAACCAUUUCAGGUCAUGUUCCAUCUGCUGCCAGCCCAAUGUGAGCGGUCCCCAAGUGGUCCAGAUCAACUGCUCCACACACAAGCAGGACUUGGACGCAGAACUGCCACUCUUGAUGAAAACAUGACUCAUCAGGAGUUAUGUGAUAAACUCAUCGAAUUGUAUCCAAAACUUGGUGAGGUAACUGGUGGUUGGCUUCUUUAUAAGGCAUCAGGGGGUUGGGGAAGUCGGAAGCUCUCUCUUGUGGCACCUGCAGACUGUGGGUACACAGGCAGGCUAAUCAAAACCUCCAAAAUAGGGGAGAAUUCUGUCAUCUAUAUAGCUCCACUACAAGAUGAGCUAGAUAUCGCUCCCUUGCCACCAUCAUCAGAAGCAUUUCGAGAUAUGCCUAAGGCAAUGUGCAAAAAAUGCAAAAUACUGUACCCACUUCAGAUCCUCACAAACCACAUUAAGACUUGUUCUGAUGUUGUUGUGGUUGAAGAUGGAAAUGAAAGUCAGGAUGAAACUCAGCAUGAGGCACAUGAUGUGGAAAGUGAGAAAAAGAGCAAUGUACAGGCUUGCUGUCCUAUUUGUCAAGAAGAAAUGCCCCUUGACAUCUUGGAAAUUCAUGCCAGUGAAUGUGGGGAAAGACCUAUGGAUGAUGAAAAUAACAACACAGCUGAGUUGUCAUGUAUGGAUAAUGAAGUGAAUGACACUGCUGAGUUUUCAUACAUGGAUAAUGAUUGGAAAACCCAUCCAGAUCCAAAAGUGGCUACGACCUUGUACAGAAAGGAAAUUCUCAGACUGCAUGAGACAGGGAAACCUCUUUUAAUGUGUAUGGACUUGAGAACAUGUGCUGAAGAACAGGAAAGGCAACUGAUCAACUUCUACAAGCAAAGAAAUGUAGAGUGGGCAUGUCCUGUUAAAUGUCAACUUGAAGGGGAUGCUGCAGUUGGUGAUGGCGUCACCAGGCACUUUUUUUCUAUAAUUCUUGAAAAACUGAAGUAUGGUUUCAGUUUGAAUUUGGGAAACACAGGAGUUACUUGCCUCUUUGAGGGACAGCCAGACCACUUGGUGCCCUCAUCGUCACAAUUCCUCAUUGAAAGUGACCUCUUCUUAGUAGCGGGGAGAAUGCUAGGCCAUUCCUUUCUGCACGGUGGCCCAUGUCUUGCAGGGCUUAGCAGAGCUUUUGUUCAUGUUCUCCUUCAAGGUUCUCAAGAUACUGCCACUUUGCAAUUGGAGGACUGCCCAGACGUUGACAUACGAGAGACCAUCAACUUGCUCAGUGGACAGUCUCCAUUGAAUAAUGAUCAGUCUAAUAAAGUCCUGGAACUGUGUUUGUCUUGGGAUCUUCCUGGUCCAACAGAAGAAAAUAGAAGGUUCUCGGGAGAAGAACACGCCAAAUCAAACAAAUCAAACGAGGACUGAAAGACACUUUUGUUUGGCCUCUUCUAACUGAGAGGAAGGAUGUGGUAUUCUUCCCCAAGGAAUCAGAGGAUUCAUGCACUCCUGAAAUGCUGCUUUCCCAUAUCUCCUGGCCUAGAGAGAGUGAUGACGAAGAUGAUGACGAAUACUCAGCUGACACAAAGGAACGGAUCACAGGGUAUUUAAAGCAGUUCAUUGAGACAG